UUUGGUUGAGCUCUCACUCAGCUGUCAGUCACAGAGGCUCAGAUCACAGGUGACAUUUGACUAUGUCACAUCACAAUUUAUAAUAGAGGAUAGAAGAGCUCGCUCUCUUGGACCACGCGCGCGAUCUUCGGAUCAUCGGUUCUUCGCAUUCUUUCUUCGGUGCUUGGAUCUUGUCGUUCGUUAAUUGUGUUGUGUGGCCUAGCCUGGAGAGAUUCCAUCAUUCAAUUUGCUGUCGAAAUCGGCCGGACGCGUGUUUGUUUUACCCCUUGGAGGGUAGUGAUUUUUUCUCAGACGCCUUACACCCUCCGUUACACUUCGUUGGUGUCGGUCCUCAUGGAAGCACAUGAGCUCGUACAGCUCUCGGUUUGACGUUCGGUGCUCGCUCGAGUGUGAAGUGUAAAGUGUUGGUUUGCGAAUGACGAGCCCUCAAGUGACGAUUGAUAGAGGUUUGAAAAAUUAUCGGAGAAAAUUCUCCUAGUGAAAUCGAAGAAAGAUUUUUGUGCAAAACAAUUUAGAACAUCUUUUAAGUGAAGUGUUCAGUUUUAGAGAAAACAUUUGGAAGACCAUCAAGCAUGGCAUUGGAAGACCGUUGCAGUCCACAGAGUGCUCCAAGUCCGCCACACCAUCACCAUCAUCACCACAGCCAGAGUCCGGUUCACUCCGCAACCGCAACGAUGAUGAGUCCGACCGCAACGGGGACCAUGCGAGUUUCGCCUAGUGCCGGGGAGAUGUCGCCACUGGUACCAAUUCCUCCGAUGCACAUUAAGCAGGAGGUCACAGAUCAGAUUGCUCCACCGCCACCCCAGCAGCCCAGCAUCACCUUCUCGAUCUCCAACAUCCUGAGCGAUACCUUUGGAAAGACCCCAGUGGUUCCCAUCGCCACUCAACAGCCCCCGAGCCCUAUGGCAAGCCCUCCCUGCAGUUCGGACUCCAACAGCCCAAAUGGCCCAUCUCUGCACCACCGGAGAGAUAGCCUCUUCCGUCCGUACGAAAUCAGCAAAUCCCCAAGAUUAUGCUCCAGCAAUGGAAGCAGCAGUCAUAACCCGUACCACACGGAUAGCGAAUCUCAGGACUCGACUUGCUAUGAACCGCAAACUCCAAACCCUGCCGCCAGUAUGCUAAUGUUCAACAACAACCACUACCACCCGCGGAUCCCUACGCUGUACGACUUUAGCACUAAGACCAUCCCUAGCAUAGACCCAAGAGCUGCUCUCCUGAACGGCUUCAGCGCCACCAGCUAUCCAAAACUCCACGAAGAGAUUAUCAACAGCCAUCGGAAGUUCCAGGCCAAACUGCUGGAGAGUCAGGUCAAGGCAGCGGCAGCAGCCUCCAUCGGCCAUCCGCAUGCCAUGCCUCCACUAGGUUCCCUGUGUAAAACGGUUUCGCAGAUCGGUCAACCCGCGGCUCCGGCAACUCCCAUCGGUUCCACCAAUGGCACCAGUGGCAACGGCGCCGGAACACCCAACAGCAUCGCCAGCAGUAGUGCCAGCAGUCCCAAGUUGAGUCCGAGGCCGAUUCCGAAACCGACGGCCACGGUUGCGUCCAGUUUGCCGGGAAAUCACGGUGGGGAAAGUCAUAGGAAUGGAAGUGAUGGUGGUCAUCAUCACAAUGGCGGCAGUAAUGACGGGGGGAUGUCCUCGGAUGAUGCCCGGUCGGAAACGGGCAGCAGCAAGGAUGGCGAAAGCGGGAGCAAUCUGUGGCCGGCCUGGGUGUAUUGUACCCGGUACAGCGAUCGACCGAGUUCGGGUCCCCGCUACCGACGAACAAAGCCUCCCAAACAGAAGGGCGAAACUGAGGAAAAGCGGCCUCGCACCGCAUUCACCACUGCCCAACUGCAAAGACUGAAGAACGAAUUCAACGAAAAUCGCUACCUAACGGAGAAACGCCGACAAGCACUGAGUGCCGAACUCAAUCUCAACGAGUCGCAAAUCAAGAUCUGGUUCCAGAACAAGCGGGCCAAGAUCAAGAAGACGUCAUCGGAGAAGAACCCGCUGGCCCUGCAGCUGAUGGCCCAAGGUCUCUACAAUCACUCGACGGUGCCGCUGACCAAGGAGGAGGAGGAGCUGGAAAUGCGCAUGAACGGACAGAUUCCCUAGACGGCGGAAGCUUCCGGAGCAACACUCACUUCGGAACAACGUGUGUUCCAUUUUGUACCGCGUGAGUGACGUUUCGUUGUAAAUCCUCUCGCAAGCGAUCCGUCACCAGUCGUGGAAAGACGCGCGAGAACACGAACUAAGCAGGCGAGGCUUGAUGUGAACGCGGAGGAGGGUAGGAAUCGAGAAACAACAAAACCGGAGUACAAUUACAUUUAAAUAAUUGAAUUAAUACUCCUGGCGUCUCCGCUGGUUGUCCUUCCUUCUGCCCCUCCGUGUAAGACAAACAAAUCCCGGUGAUGAACUGAAAUGCUAAACCGAGGCCAUCGUGUUGAUGGUGCGGUGAAAGAUGCUGUAUAAUGUAAAUAUAUAAAUAAUAUUGAAAUCGCUUCCUUUGCUCUCCAGUGUGAGGGGAAGGAAACUUUCUCACGCACAACUCUGAAGUCGAGCAAGUGUCAGAGGCGAAACGAGGGAGUGGAAAGUAGAGCAAUUUUGUGAAUGUUUGUUUGUUAAAUUGGAAGCUGGAAGGCGAAUGGACGGAAAGUUGUUGACCACACGAAAGAGUUUGGUUCAAAUUAAUGGUUUUGACGUAUCGGAUUCAAUUGUCAUGUUUGAUUGGGCAUAGAAUUAGGCUUCUUUUCGGUAGUAAAAAUCCGAUUCAUAGUGCAAUAGAAUGGUCAACCACUUCCAACACUUCAUUUUCCUUCAGUUUCCCAUCGAAAUUGUGAUUAGGAUCAACAGAAACCGAAUAGCAAUAAACUUAGGAAAGUUAUAGAUGCGAGCUUCACCCCAUCCAGUGUAAAAAACGAACUUCGCCAGAAAAAAGUGGCAGUUGUUCUCAAGCAUGUAAAUUAUUCUCUUCCAAGUUUUAAAUAUUCUACGUUCAAAUCUAUACAUACAGAGCACACUGUUCAAGCUAAGGUAGCAGAAGAAGAAGCCAUUCAUUGAAGCAAUCACAAGCCUUUGCCGCAUGUAAAUAACCGCACAUCCCUCUUCAUUUCUGACCCCCCAGAAGCAAGAAGGUCGAGUGUAAAAAAUUAGCUACUAAAAUUUAAUUGAGAUUAACAGCAAUCGCGUAGUAGGCUACCCCUACCAGAAGGCAACAGAAAUCAUCAGAAACAGAUAAGCCUGCUUCGUCCGCCAGGUUCAUUCCCACGCGGAAAAAUUGAACAACUAGCCACCGUCGAAAAGCGGACCAGAGCUACAAAGUUGAUAAUUAAUUCCCAAACGCAGCAACACCAGCGCCAGCCUGUCAGCGACCGAUCCGUGAAACCAGUUUUGCGUGCGGAGGAUCGCCGUCGCUACUCGUUCCUAAUGCAAACCAGUGUUGCCACCUUUAAUACUGCGUUUUGAGUUCAAACACCUCUAUGACUAAUUUUGUAAAAAAUCUAGAUCAAAUCUACGCAAUUUUCGAAAUUUUGUUUGGAAAUCUAUAAUCUGGUUACACAGAAUUGUAUCUGAAAAAAAAAUCAAUAUGACCACAAAACCAAUCUGUAUAUUUGGCAUCACUGUAGCGAACCAGUGAAGAAUCAUCGUUGGAAGUGAUCCAAAAGCGCGUAAAAACAGCAACCAGUCGACUAACCGAACGUGCGUGGUAGGAGUGUUCGGUUUAUCGCUUCCGUCGUUGUUUUAGUAAUCUAAUCUAAAUUAUGUUUAAUUAUGCUUCGAAGCGGUGGUGGGUUUGGGAUCGCUUCCAACGUAGGAACGGGGUGUUCCUCCUACUGGUUUUGAGAGACACUUUGCAUAUGAUUGGCGAAAUGGUAGGCUGGCAGAUACUUUCCCCUUGAAGCUCAGAGGGCGAGCAACAGUUUAUCGUUUCAUCUAUUUUUUUUUUGUUUCGCUUCGAGAUUGCUAUUUCUUCUUAUAAUACUAUGAUUAGGCUGCUACACGGCACACUACCAACCAAUAUAAUUACUCCUAGAUGUUAGCACGUAGGAUUAGAGGCAAAACCCGAGAAAGAGAACUAAACUAUAGCAGAUUAUCGCGAUAUAUUGUAGACACAGAGUAGAAAGAGAAGACACAACCUAUUAUAUAUUAUUUUAGCCCUUAGGAACCCGCAUGAAAACUGCAAAAGAGAGCGUAAUAAAAUACACUCAUGUGAUAUUCAAGAGAUAAA